AUGCCACUUUUCAGCUGGAUGAAAUGGCCCAAAACGGAUUCCUACCAGCAAACCCAGCGUGCCGGCUCCGACGGGGUGACCAAGACUCUGCUUCGGGAGUUAAAAUGGCAUCUGAAGGAGCGUGAGAGAUUAAUACAAGAGAUCGAAAAUGAACAGAGAGUGAAAAGAACAGGUGUGGAUUACAACUGGCUGAGGAACUACCAGAACCCUCAUGCGACCAUCCCAGCUGCUGAACAGAGACAACUGGAAGUUCUGUGCUCUCAAGUGCAGCCCUGUCAAACCGGAACCAUCCUCAGCAGAUUUCGAGAACUUUUGGCAGAAAAUGAUGUACUUCCCUGGGAAAUAGUCUACAUCUUCAAGCAAGUUCUGAAAGACUCCCUCAGCAGUCCUGACAGAGGGGGUCAGCACGCUGGCCUGUGGGACUCUGACAUCACCUGUUCCCCGGCCCCUGUGCUCCCAGGUGAAAGCUCUGAGAGGCCAGACAAAGAUGAAAUACCCACAAUUUCAAGUUACGUAGACAGAAAUGCCAAGAACAGGUUUCCAUCAUGCUCACACAGAGUAUGGAACCUGCCAUACUAUUACCCAUCAAGUUAAGGAGCACCAUGGUCACCUUAGAGCCAGAGCUGUGAGCAUCAACCAGAACAGUCAUGUGACCCCAGGUUUCUGAUCUUGUUACAAGAUCGGAAGUUAAAAUUCCUGUGUUGCCGACCUAUUUUAGCAGCAUUGCUUUUUAACGACUCUAAAUAGUCAAUAUUUUUGUUGGUUAGUAUGCUUUUAACUAAAAUGUCACCUAAAUGUUUAAAUA